AUGCCGUUCACGAAUGUCCCCUUCUACACCCCAAAACCCGCCAAAUCCUCGAACGCAACUAUGAAUAUACCAAUGACUCUCGGCUUGAUACCCCAAUACAUGGUUUGGCAUUCUCUUACAGGUUCGGCUAAUGGAGUUACAGAGACGGCCCCAGUUGUGCCUACUGACCGCAACCUGUCACCAACUGUGACCAUUAGCGAACAGACAGAACAGCCACAGUCCCCCAACGAGCUCCAACCUCCCCGAGCAUCCGCCACACUUCUUCAAAGCCCCUCGUCUCCAAAAUCAACUCAGACACCUGGUACUCCCCAAAUCCGCAGUCGACCUCGGGCAGCAUCAACCCUUUCGGUGGCCAGUACCACAGCCUCGCGCCCGCCUUCAUUCAUUUCAGAAGACGAGGACGAUCAAGGUGAUAGCUCGUCUGAUGAUUCAAUGUUGAGCUGGUGGUCUGACGACUCGUCGGAUGACGAAGAGGCCGAAGGAGAAGAGACCAGUGAAAAGGUGGAGAACGGGCAGGGCAACGAUACAACCCCCAAAGCCAAAAAGACAAGGAGGUCUGCUCCGAAGCCGCCUACCAAUCCCGAGAAGGAAGCCGAGCGUAAACGCCGAGAGGCUCAGCGUCACUCCUUACUUGCCGCCGCCGGUCUGCAAGUGACGCGAGAGCCAUCAGUCAGGAGGGCUGCGCCUGCUGUCCCAGGUGGAAGAAAGAGGCGACAUGCUCCUGCUGUCCCAGAAGGUAGGAGGCGGGGCAAAGAUCUGCCUCCGAUUCCCGAUGAGCAGUAUGAGAAGAGUGAGAGGCUGGGUACGCAAGAUGCUUAUGCGAGAUACGAAGCUUUCUUGGCGCAAUCUGCCCAAGCUCAGAGCCAGCCUUUGCCGCGCCCCGAGUCUCUCAGUGUCCAAUCUCGACCCAGCUCGCAAGGGCUGUCACCUCAAACGACAGGUCAAUCUCCUCAAGGCGCUCCCCUCUCACCCACAUCGACCAUUACAUCCCUUCCUCCAUCCAUAGGAAAAGAAGCAGGUGGGAAAAUUUCAGGCUUUUUCAAGAGUGUUCUGGCCACACACCAUCCCGAGCCCAAACGCCCGAGUAUCAGCGGACCCACCAUCUCCCGGGUCGGUAUUGACGAUCAACCAUCUUCGCCUUCCCCUGGUUCCACAGGUCAGUCAUCCGAAGCAGAGAGUAGUGAGUUUGGAAAGACAUGGUCAAGUUUGGUGGAGCCGAGUGUGUUGAAUACUAUGGACAAGAGUGAAAGAAAGAGGCAGGAAGCCAUCUUUGAGUUUAUUGCCACGGAGAAUGCGUAUAAUCGAGAUUUGCAGCUGAUUGUAGAGGCAAGUGACAUGCUUGUGUUUUACGCUUCUCUCCUAUCUAUGUUGGACGAGAAGGCUCUCACGGUCAUCUUUGCCAACAUCGAAGACAUCUUGCUCUUCAACACUGGCUUCUUCAGUGCAUUGGAAGAGAGACAAAAGGCUGCUAGGCUAUAUGUCGUCAAGAUUGGCGAUGUUCUGAGUUUUUUGAAUGAAGCGGGCAUCUACAUGACAUACUGCAUCAAUCAGCACCAAGCCAUCAAGCUUCUCCAAAGUUUGCGAGAAGAGAGGCCGGAGCUCAACGCUCAUCUUCAACACAUCCGGGAGACAAAUGCCUCCAUUCGAGGACUUGAUCUCUCAAGUUUCUUGCUCAUCCCGAUGCAAAGGAUCACCCGAUAUCCUCUUUUGAUCAAACAAAUCAUCGCCUAUACGCCUUACGACCACUCCGACCUUCCCCAGCUCGAACAAGCUCUGCGCGUGACAGAAGGAAUAGUGAGCAGAAUCAAUGAGAGUGUGCGGGAAAGUGAAGGGCAGGAGAGACUGAGGACUCUGAGUGAAAACUUGUGGAUCGGAGGGGAAGGCCGCUUGGAUCUGACAGCGCCGACUGCCUUCUCGGGCCCUCGAAGGCUGGUGAAGGAAGGCACCGUCACGAAAGCCAAAUCUGGGCGAAAGCUCACCAUGCUGCUUUGCAACGACAUCAUCGUGCUCCUCGACAACAAGGAUCUCUAUCGCAUGCCAUUAGCAUUGCACGAAGUCGAGGUGAAGCAGACGAGGGAUGUCACGGGCUUUGCUCUUCGAGCAGACCAGAGGCGAGGUGGGGACACUGUUGCUCUCAAAGUAAUGAGUGCUAGCGAUGCAAAGGAUUGGAUGGGCAAAAUUGAUCGGGCCAGGAAGCAAGCUUUGAGCGCUCGACGUGCGAUGUAA